ACUAUUCAAUUACUAUUCUUCCCACUUGCUUUCUCAAAAUCCCAAACCCAAGCAAAAUCCCACAAUAAUUCUUGCAAUUUUUCUCUUUCUAUUUUCUCUAUUAUCUUCUAGAAGAGAAAGAAGGGUGUAUUUUAAUUGCAGAAUAAGGAAUCUAAAGUGGGUUUUUGUUUUCCUUCAAAUUACAUUAAUGAAAAUAAAUUAUAUGAUGUGACAUUGAGGAAUUAAAGAAGGGUCAAUACCAAUUUCACAAGCAUAUUCUUCAAGAUCAAAACUUUAUUGGACAAAGUGGGGAGAAAUUCAAUUUUAAAAUGGAAAUGGAAGUAGAAACAAAAACCCAAGUUGAAGAAAUAAUGGUGGGAGCAGCCAUGGAAAUGGUGGAAGGAAGCAAAAAUGGAGGUGGAGCUCAUCCUUAUGCAUUUCAUGUUUCUGGGCCUCGGAAUCUUUCUUCUCCUAAUUGGAGAGAUAUCAUCAAUUCUAGCUGGAAAAAUGCAAAUUAUAAAAGAACAGUCAUGGCCUGUUUCAUACAAGGAGCAUACCUGCUAGAGCUAGACAGGCAAGAAAACAAAACAGGUGAAAAUGCUUUAGCUCCAAACUGGUGGUUGCCUUUCAAAUACAAGCUAACUCAAACUCUAAUCGACGAGCGAGAUGGAUCCAUCUUUGGAGCCAUACUCGAAUGGGAUUGCUCUUCAGCACUGUCCGAUUUCAUACUCAUUCGCCCAAGUGGGGCCCCACGAGCUGUUUUAGCUCUAAGAGGAACACUCCUAAAGAGUGUGACUAUCCGAAGGGACUUAACUGACGACCUUCGGUUCCUUGCUUGGGAAAGUUUGAAAGGGUCAGUAAGAUUCAAAGUAGCUUUUGAUACAUUAAAAUCAUGUGCAUUGAAGUAUGGAAGUAGCAAUGUUUGUGUUAUCGGUCAUUCGUUAGGUGCUGGUUUCGCCCUUCAAGUUGGAAAGGCAUUAGCCAAAGAAGGAAUACAUGUCGAGGCUCAUUUGUUCAACCCUCCAUCGGUUUCACUAUCCAUGAGUCUUAAGACUCUUGGGGAAAAAGCCGGGUUUGUUUGGAGGAGAUUUCGGUCUAUGCUUCCUUCAGGGAGCGAAACCCAGCAGAACACCGAGUUGGGUGAUCAAAAUAAGGCGAAAAGCGCAGUUUUGAAGAAAUGGAUCCCACAUUUGUAUGUCAAUAACAGUGAUUAUGUGUGCUGUUAUUACGCUGAUCCAACACGAAACCAAGAUGGAAUCGAUGGUGGCAGGAAGGAGAACUUGGCCCCGGCUGUGCAUAAUGUUGCUGAAGCCGCGGUCAAACUCUUUGUUUUGUCGAAGGGGAAUCAAAAGUUCCUUGACGCGCAUAAAUUGGAGCAAUGGUGGGCGGAUGACUUAGAACUACAAACUGUUAUAAACAAUAGCAAGCUUAUCAGUAGACAGCUCAAAUCUCUGUAUCAAGUCCCUGCAUCAUAGUAAAUCGAAAACAACGAGCAGGAAGGCCUGGUGAUGCCGAAUUCUGACUGAGGACUAAUUUCGUUUUUUCAAGUUCGAAUGUUCUUCCUAAGUGUAUGUAUUACUAAGGUUCGUGUAAACCGUCUAAAUAGAUUUUUUGGCUCAAAGCAAUGCUCAAAGCCUCAAACAAAACCCAAGUUCUCCAAUGUAAGGUCGGUACAUUUAUAUUUGCCGAAUUCUGACUGAGGACUGAUUUUUGUUUUUUCGAGUUCGAAUGUUCUUCCUAAGUGAAUGUAUAACUAAUGUUUCUUACCUUCCUCCUUUCUUACUUUGGACUAUUUGGUCAUGCAUAAAGUUCGUGUAAAUUCCGUCUAAAUAGAUUUUUUGCUCAAAGCAAUGCUCAAACAAAACCCAAGUUCAAUGUAAGGUCGCUACAUAUAUAUGUGCCGACUUCUGACUGCGGACUGAUUUUGUUUUUUCGAGUUCGUAUGUUCUUCCUUAGUGUAUGUAUAAGUGAGGUUUCUCACCUUCAUCUUUACUUACUUUGGACUAUUUGGUCUUGGAUAAGCUCAUGUAAAUCCCCUCCAAAUAGAAUCUUUGCUCAAAGCAAUGCUUAAACAAAACCCCAUGUUCUUCAAUAUAAGGUCGUUACAUUUAAUUAUAUUUGCCACUAUAUGGUCCACGUAGGCUCGAACUUGUCGUCAAAGUUAAUGUCUUUCUAUUUUAAUUUUUAUUAUUAUCGAUUAUUAUUGUUAUUAUUAUUAUAAUUAUUAUUAUUAUUAUUGUUAUUGUU